GAGCUAUUUCUCGCACGAGGUCGGAAUGGUUAUCCCUUCUGUGGAUAGCAGAGCGUCGGAAGCAGAGCCUUCACUUCCUGUGGUGGAAACAAUCAAUAACGAAGUCUCUGUGAAUCAAGCACAUGAUCUUGCAAGAAAACGUCUCAAUCGCUAUCAUAAUGUGAUUGAAGCAAAUAGAAAUCUGCCAGUAGAUCAGAGAUUUUACACAGAAGAGCGCAUUUCAUUGAAAGAUGGUGGCCAAAUCGUUUCAGCGGGUACACCAGAAGGUCGUGUCUACUACCUCUCCAACAAUGAACAAUGGAUGUUCCUUGAGCGGAGCACGGAUGAAAAAAUUCAAACACUUUUGAUCUGUGAAAAUACCAACAACGGUCCUAAGUUCACACAAAAGUUCACGUCACGAUGAAACAUAGGUUUGAAGAGACGAUUUCAAGCAGAAUAAAGUUAUGACAACUGU